AUGGUGGGUAACAAGUCAGAGUACUUCGGCAAGCUGAAGAACUUGCUCGAGGAGUACAAGUCCGUCUUCAUCGUCACCGUCGACAAUGUCUCCUCCCAGCAGAUGCACGAGGUCCGUCAGUCUCUCCGUGGAGAGGCUGUCGUCCUGAUGGGAAAGAACACCAUGGUUCGCCGUGCCCUCCGUACCUUCAUCAACGACACCCCCGAGUACGAGCGUCUCCUGCCUCACGUCAAGGGCAACAUUGGUUUCGUCUUCACCAACGGUGACCUGAAGGACAUCCGUGACAAGAUCCUGGCCAACAAGGUCGCUGCUCCUGCCCGUGCUGGUGCCGUCGCUCCCGUCGAUGUCUGGAUCCCCGCUGGCAACACUGGUAUGGAACCCGGCAAGACCUCUUUCUUCCAGGCCCUCGGUGUCCCCACCAAGAUUGCCCGUGGUACCAUUGAAAUUACUGCCGACCUCAAGCUCGUCGAGACUGGUGCCAAGGUCGGUCCUUCCGAGGCUACCCUGCUCAACAUGCUGAACAUCUCUCCCUUCACCUACGGUCUGGGUAUCUCCCAGGUCUACGACCAGGGCAACGCUUUCCCCGCCAGCGUUCUCGACGUCGGUGAGGAGCAGCUCCUCAAGACCUUCGCCAGCGCCAUCACCGCCAUUGCCUCCAUCUCCCUGGCCAUCAACUUCCCCACCCUGCCCUCGGUCAUGCACUCCCUGGUCAACGGCUACAAGAAGGUCCUGGCUGUCGCCAUCGAGACCGAGAUCAGCUGGCCCGAGAUUGAGGAGCUCAAGGACCGUAUCGCCAACCCUGACGCUUACGCCUCUGCCGCUCCUGCUGCCGGUGCCGGUGCCGCCGCCGCCGGUGGUGACGCCGCUCCCGCUGAGGACAAGAAGGAGGACGAUGAGGAGGAGUCUGACGACGACAUGGGCUUCGGUCUCUUGUAA